CGGGAGCGUGCCAGAACGGGCGAUUACACAUUCCCCGCCCAAGCGGCGCCCCCUCAGCGCACCGGGGUCUGCGUGCGUGGAGAAGUGAGACCCGCGCACACGCGUGUCUCAGGACAGCCGGGGCGCCGUCAGGCGAGGCGUGCUCAGGGCGCCGGGGCAAGAGAGAAGCGCUGCUUUCUGGAUCGGAAGACGGACGGGUGGAGAACUAAAGAUUCCACAUGGCAAACUCCAUGAAUGGUAGAAACCCUGGGGGUCGAGGAGGAAACCCCCGAAAAGGUCGCAUUCUGGGUAUUAUCGAUGCUAUUCAGGACGCGGUUGGGCCCCCCAAGCAAGCAGCUGCGGAUCGCAGGACUGUGGAGAAAACUUGGAAACUCAUGGACAAAGUGGUAAGACUGUGCCAAAAUCCCAAACUGCAGUUGAAAAAUAGCCCGCCAUAUAUACUUGAUAUUUUACCUGAUACAUACCAGCAUUUGCGACUCAUAUUGAGUAAAUAUGACGACAACCAGAAACUUGCCCAACUAAGUGAGAAUGAAUAUUUUAAAAUCUACAUUGAUAGCUUAAUGAAAAAGUCAAAACGAGCAAUAAGACUUUUUAAAGAAGGCAAGGAGAGGAUGUACGAAGAGCAAUCACAAGACAGACGAAAUCUCACAAAACUGUCCCUAAUCUUCAGUCACAUGCUGGCAGAAAUUAAAGCAAUCUUUCCCAACGGUCAGUUCCAGGGAGACAACUUCCGCAUUACUAAAGCAGAUGCUGCUGAGUUUUGGAGAAAGUUUUUUGGAGACAAAACCAUCGUCCCAUGGAAAGUAUUCAGACAGUGCCUUCAUGAGGUCCAUCAAAUUAGCUCUGGCCUGGAAGCAAUGGCCCUGAAGUCAACAAUCGAUUUAACUUGCAAUGAUUACAUUUCAGUUUUUGAAUUUGAUAUUUUUACCAGGCUAUUUCAGCCUUGGGGUUCUAUUUUGCGAAAUUGGAAUUUCUUAGCUGUUACACAUCCCGGUUACAUGGCAUUUCUCACAUAUGAUGAAGUUAAGGCACGGCUACAAAAGUACAGCACCAAACCUGGGAGCUACAUUUUCCGGCUAAGCUGCACUCGCCUGGGACAGUGGGCCAUCGGCUAUGUGACAGGGGAUGGCAAUAUCUUACAGACCAUACCUCAUAAUAAGCCCUUAUUCCAAGCCCUGAUUGACGGUAGCAGGGAAGGCUUUUAUCUGUAUCCUGAUGGACGAAGUUAUAAUCCUGAUUUGACUGGAUUAUGUGAGCCCACACCCCAUGAUCAUAUUAAAGUUACACAGGAACAAUAUGAACUAUAUUGUGAAAUGGGCUCUACAUUUCAGCUGUGUAAGAUCUGUGCAGAGAAUGACAAAGAUGUCAAGAUCGAGCCCUGCGGGCAUUUGAUGUGCACUUCUUGUCUAACAGCAUGGCAGGAGUCUGAUGGCCAGGGCUGCCCUUUCUGUCGUUGUGAAAUCAAAGGAACUGAGCCUAUCAUUGUGGACCCCUUUGAUCCUCGAGAUGAAGGCUCCAGGUGCUGCAGCAUCAUUGAUCCCUUCGGGAUGCCAAUGCUGGACCUGGAUGAUGACGAUGAUAGAGAAGAGUCAUUGAUGAUGAAUCGGCUGGCAAAUGUGCGAAAGUGUGCUGACAGGCAGAACUCACCAGUCACCUCACCAGGAUCUUCCCCCCUGGCCCAGAGAAGAAAACCCCAAACAGAGCCUCUCCAGGUCCCACAUCUCAGCCUGCCCCCAGUACCUCCUCGUCUGGAUCUCAUUCAGAAAGGCAUAGUCCGGUCUCCCUGUGGCAGCCCAACUGGCUCACCAAAGUCUUCUCCCUGCAUGGUGAGAAAGCAAGACAAGCCACUCCCAGCACCUCCUCCCCCCUUAAGAGACCCUCCUCCCCCUCCACCGGAGCGACCUCCCCCUAUUCCACCUGACAAUAGACUGAGCCGACACUUCCAUCAUGUGGAAAGUGUGCCUUCCAGGGACCAGCCAAUGCCUCUUGAAGCCUGGUGCCCCAGGGAUGUGUUUGGGACUAAUCCGUUGGUAAGCUGUCGCAUCCUGGGGGAUGGCUCUCCUAAGCCUGGAAUCACAGCAAGCUCAAACACAAAUGGAAGGCACAGUAGAAUGGGCUCUGACCCAGUGCUUAUGCGGAAACACAGACGCCAUGAUUUGCCUUCAGAAGGAGCCAAGGUCUUUUCCAAUGGUCACCUUGGGAGUGAAGAAUACGAUGUUCCUCCUCGGCUCUCUCCUCCCCCUCCACUUACUGCCCUUCUCCCUAGCAUAAAGUGUACUGGUCCGUUAGCAAAUACUCUUUCAGAGAAAACAAGAGAUCCAGUAGAGGAAGAUGAUGAUGAAUACAAGAUUCCUUCAUCUCAUCCUGUUUCCCUGAAUUCACAGUCAUCCCAUUGUCAUAACAUAAAACCUCCAGUUCGGUCUUGUGAUAAUGGUCAUUGUCUAUUGAAUGGAACACAUGGUAUGUCUUCAGAAAUGAAGAAAUCAAACAUCCCAGAGUUAGGCAUCUAUUUAAAGGGAGAUGUUUUUGAUUCAGCUUCUGAUCCAGUGCCAUUACCACCUGCCAGGCCUCCAACUUGGGACAAUCCAAAGCAUGGCUCUUCACUCAACAAGACGCCCUCUGAUUAUGAUCUUCUCAUCCCUCCAUUAGGUGAAGAUGCUUUUGAUGCCCUUCCCCCCUCGCUCCCGCCUCCUCCACCCCCUGCCAGGCAUAGUCUCAUUGAACAUACAAAACCUCCUGGCUCAAGUAGCCGACCCUCCUCAGGACAGGACCUUUUCCUUCUUCCUUCAGAUCCCUUCUUUGACCUAGCAAGUGGGCAAGUCCCUUUGCCUCCAGCUAGAAGACUGCCAGGAGAAAAUGCCAAAUCCAACAGAGUAUCACAGGAGUAUGACCAGCUCCCAUCAUCCUCAGAUGCCUCGCAAGCACCAGCCCGACCCCCCAAACCACGACCCCGCAGGACUGCGCCAGAAAUCCACCACAGAAAACCCCAUGGGCCCGAGGCCACAUUGGAAAAUGUGGAUGCAAAAAUUGCCAAACUCAUGGGAGAGGGAUACGCCUUUGAAGAGGUGAAGAGAGCCUUAGAGAUAGCCCAGAAUAACAUGGAAGUGGCCAGGAGCAUCCUCCGAGAAUUUGCCUUUCCUCCUCCCGUGUCCCCACGUCUAAACCUAUAGCAGCCAGAACUAUUGAACACCACAAUGCAAAGCAGUUGGCAGAUAUUCCAGGAGCAUGAAAGGAGAGGCUUGAGGAGAAUUCUCAAGCAAAGGAGUCUCCUCCUCAUGCGGCAUCUUGGGAAGGGAGGCCCGGAGCAGCUUCUCGGAAGACUGUGUGCUUGCUCAGGAUAUCGAGGCCGUGGCUUCCUUGUUUUUGCUAGCCAUACUUUGAAAUCAGGGUUAAACUGACAAAAUAAUUUAAAGACGUUUACUGCUCUCGAACUUUUGAAUCUGUGAAAUGCUUUUCCUUGUUUACACGUUGGCGAAGUUGCAGUUGGUGUUUGUUUGGAUCCCUGUACUGUGCUCCUGACGGCCCCUGGGUGGAGCUGUUAGGUCUGCUGUAACAUUUCCCAUCACUUCCCUCGCUGUCCACAUCAGCAGUGAAAGGAGCUCCUCAUCUCCAUCCUUCAACACCCGACCCCCAAACCCCAGGUCCAGUUUCAUUUCUCCCUUUUCCAGAUGUUUGGAAGGUUCUAAUUUUCAAUGUAUCAAACUAACGCAAAAAAAAAAAAGUGUGGUCUUCACUACUGAGUCUUUUCUUUGGAAAUGAUCACUGUCGAGAGAUGGGAAAAACCUGAUUGUAAAGCAUUUAUUUGUCAAUAAACUGCCUUUUAUAAGGUGUUUUAAAAAAAAAAAAAAAAAGAAAGUAAUGUUCAGGAGCUUGGUAUAGUUCUGUAAUCUUUUUUUUCAUAUUCUCUAUUUCUGUCAUCCCAGGAAUGCCACAAGGCUAUAAAAAUCAUAAAUACUAGAAAGCAGCUACUGCACCUUACAGUCCCGUACUGAAGGAAUGUAAUGAGGUCUCCAGAUAUGUAGGCUUGUAUUCCUUUCAGGCUUGCUGAAAGAGAGAGCCAUCUUCCUCAGAUAUGUCAAUAGGCUUCCGACAGAUAUCAUGAGCCUCUCUUUCCCAAUGUGGAAUCCAGUCCAUUUCCUUUUGUGUGAUUGGCACCCUGGUUCCUAAGAGCUAUGGGCCAUGCUUCACAUUGCAUUGUUAAGUGCCAGGGCUACUGCCAAAACAUCUAUCCAUAUUUUUCGCAAAAUUCUUCAUAAUUUUUUCCCUCAUCAAGUCAGGAUUCCUAUUUAAUUUUUAGGUUUUUCUCACUCAUGGCUCCAUUUGGUUCCAUCCAGUAUCCAAUCCAAUGAAAGAAAUGACAGUGGUUCGCUAUUUCUUGUGUAUGUGCACAAUGGAGAUUAGUCCUUCAAAAAGCUGUCAUUCAAACCUGUUUGAAUAAAUCUAGAAGUUUUUAUUGCUCUUCUACAAUGUGCUUGCACUCUUUGAUACUGUGUUUAUAAAGCACAACACCUCACAAGCUGAUUUUUUUGUAUAAUGUUUUGUUGUUUUGAUAGUUUUUUUUUAAAUAUACCAAAAGUCUCUGAUGGGUGAAAUCUGGAAAGUUCAUCACUGCUUCAGAAUUUUGCAAUCAUUUGCUUUCUUUUGUUCUUAAUAACUCAAAGGAGAAAUGUUACCAAAUUAUUUCUGUAUAAAAUUAUUUUACCCCUUGAUAGUUUUCUAAUUAUGGACUCAUGUUAUGGAGACAGCCAUGUUGAUCAGGGGAGAGAAACUAAUGCAUUCCUUUGCAAAGUGAUACUUGACUGACCUUGGAAGAAAUGUGGCUUUCAUGGGAUGAGAUACUUGAAGACUCACAGGACUUGCAUAGUUUGUGCUCUUAUAUGAAUAUGUUCAGGUGACUCAGAGCUAGUUAUGCCCCUAGGGGGAACUUUUACUUUGCCUUAGAUGCUCUUCUCGUGAGUACAUAUGAGUACAGUUUUUUACACUUUUUAAAAAUUGUAUUAGCCAAUUGUUGCUUUGUGAACUCCAUGUAGUAUCAUCAUAAUUUUUCACUUGAUUAUCAAUUUCUGAUAUCACAUUGGAAUAGCAUUUUCUAUUUUGGCCUAUUUUAUAUGACUUGCUGGUGACAGAUACAAUCAAAAAACCAAAAAUUGUCACUUCAUUGUUAUAACAUCCUUAAUAGAGAAUGAUGUAAAAUAGGAAUAGCAGGAACCACAGCAUGUUCUUGUCCAGUUUCCAAAUAAUAUGUGAAAUCUUUUAGUGAGACAUUUUUGAAAAGACAUGACAAAAUAGUAAAUUUGGAGUUGAUGUUGGAAAAAAUGUGCAGACUUUUACAAAAACUGUUCUAGUCUCCUGCCAAAAUCUCCGUCUUGUCCUCAAUAGUAUCCAUCACUUUGAUCCUAGGCAGCAGGAGUCAGAAAAGUUGUAAGUCAUGAAAAUUACAGAGGAAAACAUUAUGUACUGCCUAUGGUACCAUAUUCAAAAAUAUUUUCUGAGAAGUUAAUUAAACCUAAAUAUUUUUUCAUUUUAAAAAUGAUGACCUAUGAAUGCUUAGAAAUGAUCCAGACUUUGUUCACUGCAUCCACAAAGGUAAAUUCUCUUCCCAUUUCUCAGUUCUAUUUACAAUAGAAUUGUGUUAAGCCAGUUUUUAUCAUCAUCAAUAUUUUUUAAACCAUGGCAAAAGUUAAUUCCCUGCCCCCAAAUACAUCCAGGGUUAGAAAGAUACAAUGUGUCCUCAAUGAAAUUGAAGUAAAUAUUUUUUCCAGGAUCUGUUUUUCUCUCUUAGCCCCUAGUUAUAUUACAGCCAGAUCUAGAAUUGAAUCUGACCAUUGUAUGUGUAUGUGUAACCUGCAGUUUUGUUUUUUUCCCCACCAAUCCAACCUCUGGCUUUCUGUUUCCCCUUGCCAUGUUGCAAAGAGUCAUUAAUGAUAGAGACCCUAAUCACAACCUAAAAGGCAACAUUUGUUAGCUCAGUAUUUCACACACCAAGAACAUUUGCAAAGCAUUCUUCAUAAUGUGAACAUUAAAAUUUUCAGUUCCAAAAGCAUUUCCUUCAGUUUAGAUAUUACUUUUCCUCUCAGAUUUCCAACUUGAAGCUUUCAUUUGCACAGAUUUAUCUAACCUGAUUUUUUUAAAGCCUAUAUGAUAUGGACAGAUUUGGCAGUAAAAUACAGCAUAUUUUAUAUAAUAACACAGGUACUACCUGUUAACCUGGAAUUUUAGUGCUACUAAGAAGAGUUCCCAGGGGAGGAUAAAGACAACAAUGGAGUGAAGAGUUUUCUUCCCAAUUAGUAUUUCAUUGUUUUAAAAAUGCCUUUUGAAACUUGUCCAAUGUGACAAAAUAGUUGUGUUCAAUUCUGGUUAUGAUUAUGUAACCUUAAGUACUAUUAUAUCUGUUCUUUUAAUGUAUUUUAUAAAAGAAAUGUUAACAAAA